GUCUGCAGUAGCCAUGUCCAUGUCAGCUGUGUUAUUCACGUGUAGGAAUAUAUUACACAAAGUGCCCAGGACACGUGGCUCAGGGCUAUCAACACCACUCUGGCCAUCAGGAUGUCACCACCUUUUCACUCCAGCUGCUUUGGGACUCGAUAAUUUUACAGAAGUCAGGGAGAGGACGGCAUUUCAGUUCACGAAUAUGUCGGAUAAGUUUAAGAUGCGGAUGGAGGAAAUAAUUGCCUCUAAGGGAAAGACAAUGAUAUUUACUGAGGACCUGAAGAAUGUGGUGCACCUAGCAGAGGCCAAGGAUGAGGACCUCUCAUUAGUGAUGGAGAUGACCAAAAAGUUCAACCAGCAGCAUCAGGGCCUUCGUUUUGGGGCGUUUGUGUUUGGUCCAGUCGUUAUGAGGAUGUACCAUCAUUUAAAUCAGCCUGAUGCUGCAUUACAGGCAUUACAGACUAAGGAGCUGGAUGGGUUCUUUGACCAGAUGGUGUCCUUCCAACUAGCCAUGGACCUGUUGUACAAGAAUGAGAGGUACCAGGACGUGUUGGACGUGUUUGAUCUACUGCAAGACAAACGUAUUUGAGGUGUAAGGUAUCCCAAGAACUCCUUCACUAUUGCUGUAGCGGCGUGUUUCAAAAUGAACACUCAAGAAAGCUUAACACAAGUAAUGAAGUUGCUAGAGAGUGCAGAGGAAUGGUCUCGU